CAGGAGUAAAUAGGUUCCUUAUUUUAAUAACAAUUAAAACUUUUUUGUCCUAUAUAUUCACUUUUAAUCCUUAUUGUUAUAAAAUGUCUCCUGCCACUGAAUUUAGUGAUCGUCAACAUCCUGAUACCAUUGUUCUUUUUGAUGUUGAUGGUACAUUAACACCUGCCCGUGCUUUUGUUUCUGAUGAAAUGAAGGAAACAUUAGCUAAUAUUCGUAAGAAGGUAGCUAUCGGUUUUGUAGGUGGUUCUGACAUUAGCAAACAAUACGAACAACUUGGUGAAACAAUCCUUGAAGAUUUCGAUUAUUGUUUUGCUGAAAAUGGUCUUACUGCUUAUCGUUUAGGCAAACAAUUGGCUUCCCAAAGCUUCAUUCAAUGGAUUGGUGAAGAAGAAUACACAAAGUUGGUUAAUUUCAUUUUACGUUAUCUUGCUGAUAUGGAAAUCCCCAAAAAACGUGGCACUUUUAUUGAAUUCCGUAAUGGCAUGAUCAAUGUCUCUCCUAUUGGUCGUAACUGUACAAGAGAAGAACGUAACGAAUUCGAAAAAUUUGAUUUAGCACAUGGUCUUCGUCAAAAAUUUGUCGAAGCACUUAAAAAAGAAUUCCCUCAUUUGGCUUUAACAUAUUCUAUUGGUGGUCAAAUCUCAUUUGACGUCUUCCCUACCGGUUGGGAUAAAACUUAUUGUUUACGUCAUGUAAAGCAAGACGGAUUCAAGACAAUUCAUUUCUUUGGUGACAAGACCUUUAAAGGUGGUAAUGAUUAUGAGAUUUACACUCAUCCUGAUGUCGUGGGUCAUAGUGUUCAAUCUCCUGAUGAUACUAUCCGUAUUCUUAAAGAACUUUUCCCUUAAUUCAUUUGCAUUACUUAUACAUUCAACUUAAAAAAAUAAAUAAAUAAAUAUUUAUUAUAUAACGUCCUCUUUAG